AUUUAUACGCCUCUACAUUUCUCUUUCACUGUAGAUGUUUUCAUCUUAUGAAAGUGUGCUGAAGUUAUCUGUUUGUUUUUUGGUCGUAAAAAAUCCGAAUUACCAAUUCUUUCAUAGAUUUAAUAUUAAACGAAUUUGACGACUUACUUUAUGAGCCAUAAGAUUUUCGGAUUAAACCGUUAUCGCCUGCGGAUCCUACCACCACUAAUUUGUCUUGGUUUGAAUAUAUGCCCUGAAAUAGAAUCGAAGCAUCAACAUCCACCAUUGCUGCUUCUACUUUAUGCUGUUUUAUUCUGAUUCUGCUGCGAUUCAGGUUGAAUCUGGAGUCAUGACACCAUGAUUGGUCGUUCCACCAUUAAAACCUGUGUGAAACCCUUCGUCCAUCCAAGUGGGCCCAUCAACAGUGUGAUGCCUCAAUCUGCAUCAAGUUCAUGCUGUUUUCAUCUCUCACUUGGAUGUGUGAAACCAAAUCAUGUCGUGAAGACAAACUCCCGCCACUCUCUUACUGCAAACCCUAGGAGCAACAACAACAGCAACAACAACAACAACUGGCAGUUGUUAAGCAUCAAAACUGCUAUGCGAUCCAGAAGUGGGACACAAAAGACACGAUUUGAUCUUUCACUUGGGUCCCGCAGUAUGAACUUUAGGCUUUUAUUUCCAAAACAAGGAAUCAUCUCUAGAAUGAAAUGGAGUUUGGUACCUGGAUCUUGGACACAAGGAUGUGCAUCAGCUGGGGUUGCAAUGGGAUUAGCUGUUUGCAGUUCAAGUUCUGAGCCAUCAUAUGCUGAAGCAGAAGAGAAGAAGGAAGAAGACGACUGUAGUUCAUCAAAUACUAACUUUUCACAUGGAAAGCAAGUUCAUACCGAUUAUUCUGUUAUAGGAAUACCGGGAGAUGGGAGAUGUUUGUUUCGGGCUGUUGCACAUGGAGCAUGUAUACGAUCAGGGAAGCCUGCUCCCACUGAGAGAAUGCAAAGAGAGUUGGCUGAUGAAUUACGUGCCAGGGUGGCAGAUGAAUUUGUUAAAAGACGGGAAGAAACUGAAUGGUUUAUUGAAGGCAACUUUGAUUCAUAUGUGUCACAAAUGAGAAAGACACAUGUAUGGGGAGGCGAACCUGAAUUACUCAUGGCUUCUCAUGUUCUCAAGAUGCCAAUUUGGGUGUAUAUGAGUGAUGCAGAUUCAGGUGGUCUGAUAUGUAUCGCAGAAUAUGGUGAUGAAUACAAGAGUGGUAGUAAUAAAAAAGAUGAUCCAAAUCCAAUCAGAGUGUUGUACCAUGGUUUUGGUCAUUAUGAUGCUUUGCAUAUCCCCACCCCUCCUGCUAAAAAGGAUUCCCGAUCCAGGCUGUAAAAUUAUUAUUCUAACUGUAACAUCAAUAACCAUAAAAAGAAAUAGGUUUAAUAUUUACUGAUUA